GGAAGGCGUGGACGCACAAUGGCGCUCUAGGGGAGGCACAAGAUACGCGCUCAAGGAUCUUUUCAGAUUAAAUUGCAAAUAUCUUCCUCCUUACCUCUUCUUGUAUUCGCCUAAACUUUCUCUGUACUCUCUCUCUCUAUACCACAACGGUUGCGAUGGCUUCGGCCUCUGUAAUUUAUUCUACGACUGUUGCUUCUCUCUCUGCGUCUUCAGAGGAAAACCCAUAUUCUCAGAAACCUAUUUUGGUUAGUGGGUUUAUUAAGAAGGGGCCAUCUUUCCGUACCUUUUUGGGUUCUCAACCUAGCUCCAUUAAUGGCUAUCAAUCUUACAGAAAGGCUCUCAGAAGGUCUUUUUCUCCAAUUGCUAGCUACGACCACUUACCCAAACGGUUCAGAGAAGAGAAUAUUAAGGAUGGGUUGAUGGAUAAUUAUAAGAAUGUUCCUCAAUACCUCUAUGGCUUAACUCCCUCUCAGAUGGACAUGUUCAUGACAGAAGAUAGCCCCAUCAAUCGACAAUCUGGAAAGGUCACUGAGGAGAGUAUUUCUUCAGCAAGAAACUACAUGGAUAAUGGAGGCAUGUACAGUUUGUCGGGAAUGAAGGAUAGCCCUUCACGUUAUAGCAUGAGUGUGAGUAUGUACAGAGGUGGGAGGGGUUAUGGGAGGCCUAGGGCAGCACCACCAGAUCUGCCUUCUCUGCUCUUGGAUGCUCGAAUUGUCUACUUGGGAAUGCCUAUUGUUCCAGCGGUGACAGAGCUUCUUGUUGCACAGUUCAUGUGGCUGGAUUAUGAUAAUGCCUCCAAGCCAAUAUAUCUCUACAUAAAUUCACCCGGAACACAGAAUGAGAAGAUGGAGAAUGUGGGUUCUGAAACUGAGGCAUAUGCCAUUGCAGAUUCCAUAGCGUAUGUCAAGUCCAAAGUUUACACAGUGAAUGUAGGUAUGGCCUAUGGCCAGGCAGCCAUGCUCCUUGCACUUGGUGCAAAGGGUUUCCGAGGAUUACAGCCAAAUGCUUCCACAAAAUUAUAUCUGCCAAAAGUCAACAGAUCAAGCGGAGCUGUUAUUGAUAUGUGGAUCAAGGCAAAGGAGCUGGAUGCAAAUACGGAGUAUUACCUAGAGUUGUUGGCGAAAGGGAUAGGGAAGCCCAAAGAAGAGAUUGCAAAAGAUAUCCAGCGUCCCAAGUAUUUCUUGCCAAAGGAGGCCAUUGAGUAUGGAGUUGCAGAUAAGAUAAUCGAGCAACAGGAUGUUACAUAUGAGAAACGGAAUUAUGAUGAGAUGCUCGCUCAAUCAAAAGCCAUGCGACGAGGAGGCGGCCCACAGGCAGCUCCUGCCGGAUUCAGAUAGAUACAGUCAAUAGUGUUGUCAAAAAAUUAGUGUGACAAACAUCAUGUAUGAAACUUAAACAAUAUAAGAAUGCUUGUCCAUUGCUUCUUGAUAAACGCACUUCUAUUAAGGUGGUGGUGUGGGCAGCACUUUGGGCUUCUUCUUCAAUUUCAUUUACGCACUUCUAUUAA